CUUGUUUGUUUAUGUUUCAAUGCGUGUCCCGAACUAGCCACUACUACACGAGUCGUAGCUGUCGCCCUGGCGGCGAUGUAAUGUGCCAAUUUUUUUUACAUCAACACUGCCAGCGCUAUUUUGCUAAGCGCUAUUCAUUCCCAAGCAGACCAGGGCUUCACAUUUUAUGUUGUGUUGCCGUCUGCACCACCACGGCAGAGAGAACGUCUGCUGGCUCGUGCAUCCGCCGCUUCGUCAGAACAGCCAGCUCAGCCGGAUAUCAGAAACAAGCUAAGGAUUUGCUGCUCGAUGCAAUCACCGACUCUAGAUUGUUGUGAAAGAUUUCGAACAGUUUAGCUGUACUACUACGUGUAGUAAUACCGUAGUAAUCGUCAGGUCCUGUUCUCGUAGUGCGCAACAACCUCACUCAGGCUCGGGAUUCUCUGGACUUUGAAGUUUUUGCUUGCUGGAUGCCGCGUUCUCCAGCGUCUGCGCUGGCAGGAUCGUUCUCUCGCUGUGAGUGCCCCGGAGCGCAUGCUGCGCAGGCGUGUGCGUGCGGACAAACGGCACGUGGGUAGUAGAGUAAAAAUUAAUAAUUAUUAGUUUGUAGUGAGUUGUGUUUCUGAAUGCACUAGAACCUGAGCAGCGCCGCGUUUACAGUGAUAUUCGCUGCUAGUGCGCUGGGGCAUUUACAUGUUUUUGGCUGCGAGGCUUGUCCCGCGGAGCAGACCCACUCAGACCGCGUUCAUGAGGUGAAAGAGUUUACUCCAGCAGCACUAGACCUGCUGCUGCAACGGCCGGAGUAGUGAAUGGCCAGCUGGGCCCGAAUGCAAUACUAAUUAGCUGAGGACAUUACAAUCCAUACUGCCUAGGGCCGCCCGCAUGCGGUCAGUGCACGCAAUAAUGCGACGGAGAAUGGAUCACCCCAUGACAUUGUCGUGCCAGGACGUAUUCGUAGCCAUACUGCUGUGCAGCAGUUGUAGUUGUUGGCUGCUGUUCCCCAUGCUGCUGGGUGUUCAUGGAACGCUGGACGCUCCUAUAGAGCAUUACCGCGGACCGGUUGGCGCCGACCCAGACAUUGUUAUUGGCGCCAUGCUGGAUAUCAGCGAAUGGGACGAACUGAGCAUGACGUGCGUGCGUGCAGUCACGCCGAGAAACGCGCGCACGUCUGAAAUCAUCAGCUACAUGAUCCAGCGAGCCAACGCCGAUCCCAGCAUUCUACCCAACGUGACGCUCGGCUUUGACAUAACGGACGUGUGCGGUAGCGAGCAUAUAGCGGUGCACGCCGGCGUGGAGUACGUAGCCGCUAGCGGUCACGAUCAGUGUGCUGCCAACAACAGCGGCGGCAAUGCCCAGAGCCUGGUGGCGGUGGUGCUGAGUCCGAACAACGACCGCGUAACCCUGGCAACCACGAGUCUGCUGAAUCUGUUCAGCGUACCGGUGGUGAGCUACGGAGCGUCGGAUCCCGGCCUGUCCAACGACUGCGAGUUCCCGUACUUCACGCGUAACGUGGCCAGCGACGUGAGCAAGAUGACUGUGGUGCUGCACAUCAUGCAGUACAUGAACUGGAACUACUUAACCGUUGUCCACCCCGGCAACAAGGCGUCGCAGUCGGUCGUCGACGAUCUCCAGUCCGUCGCCGCCAUGACCACUCCGCCGAUCUGCGUCAGCGCGCGGCCCGAGUUUGUUGUCACGGCGACAGUGGCUGCCGGCGGCAACGGCUCAAUGGACCGGCUGGUACGAGCGCUGUACGACAGCUUGCCGAUACUGGCCAACGGUCAGCGGAGCAAUCUAGUCUGGCUGCUGUCCGUUCAAAGCAGCGCCGUGCUCGGAGCGUUCCUGGAUUCGGUGGAGCGCCUCACGGAUGCCCUCAACGCCACCGAGCCAGUGUUCCGGUUUCUCUACGACGACAACGUAUUCGUAUUCGUCUAUAUGGGUAGUAGGGAGCACAUCGCGAAGUACGCACCUCUAAUGAAUCAUUCAGUUGGCUUGGGCCCGCUUCUAACGGAGAGUGCACUAAACAGUUCGGUGCUUCAUCAUAUUCGUCGUUUGUCCAGUGGGGGGACGAACACGACGGCUGGCGGCAAUCCGUGGUAUAGCGGAAGCACCCCCGGGAGCGACGUGCGACUGACGGCAUUUGAAACUCUCGCCGCCGAUGCAGUGCAAGCUAUCAUGCUGGCGCUCAACCGCACGCUGCAGCAGAUGGUCGACGAGAGCGACGGGCGGUACAGCAGCAUGGCCGACGUGGCGCGGUCCAUGCGGGCCAGCAGGCGUCGCAUUGACGCGGCCGAGUUUCAACAGCAGAUCACGAGAGUCUCGUUCACGUCCAAUACGACGGAGGAGCCGGUGCGGUUCACUCCUCUCGGCGAGCUGCAAGACAACACGUUCGAGUUGUUCACGUACACGUACGUAGGUAUGACUGUUGAGUUUGAAACGUCAGCCACCGGCACAGCAAACUGCGGCAGCCAUGCUGCUACUAGCAGUUCUAGUGAUUGCUCUGCCAUGGCGGGUGGCAAUCAAGCAGCAGCAGGUGUGACGGCAGAGACUCAAGGCAUCUGCACGUCCUCGUUCAACGUCACCAGAACGGUCCUGACGGGAUUGGAAACGGCUCGGUUCAAUGUCAGCGGGGUACGGGAGUUUGACACGACCAGGGCGUUUCUCCAUGAUGUGCUCGGUCUGGGUGCGUCCUCGUCAUCGUCAUUGGCAACGGGUGAGUUUCGCGCCGUCUGUUCUCUGCCGUGCCAGCCCGGCGAGAAGGCCGUCGUCAUGACGACCAGGAUCUGUUGCUGGACAUGUGUACAGUGCGAGCAAGACUACUACUCCACGUCGGUGAACAGCCCGAACUGUACCGAAUGUGACGACGGUUACAUAUCUAAUAGCGACCGCACCGGCUGUGACCGACUGCCGCUUUACCACCUUGCCAUCACCGGCUCGUAUCGGUUCAUCGUCUACGGCUUCAGCGGAGCCGGUCUGCUACUGGCGCUUCCCAUUCUGAUAUCGGCGCUGGUGUGGUGCCGUCGCAAGGAAUCCAUUCGCUGGUCCGUCGGCACAUCGGACAUGACGGUCCUCUCCCUCGCUGGCAGUGUGUUGGCAUUGGCCCUGUCUCCCGUGGAGAUCCAGGAGCCGAGCGACGUUCUGUGCGCUCUACUCCCGGUCCUGGUGGACCUCUGCCUCAUGCUAGCCGUCGUGCCGAUUCUAGCCAGCUCCAUUCAGCGCUUCGCCGAGCUACACCGCCUCCGCAAGUACGAGCUAAGCGGCAGCAGUGGUGACGGUGACAGUAGCUACGAAAGUAGCAAUGGGCCGAGCACCACCGCCGGCGGUGGCAAACUGGAGCAACAGAUGACGGUGAUGGGCGCUAGUGCGGCGACGGGUGACGUGACCGCACGACGUCACAACUUUGCCAACAUGUCCGGAGCCUCGCUGAGCGUCGACGUCUUUGAGCCACCGGCCGAGGCCGAGACCAGGUUUGUCGGCACGGCAACUAGCACACUGUCUCUGCCCGCGCCGCACUACAACACAACGCUGUAUAUCGGUGCAGAAGGUCCGGGCGGCGUGCAGGCAAUGCCGAGGGGAACAGGGGCGGCGGCAGGGACAACGACAACGGCGACAACACUCGGCGUGUCCGGGCAUUCGAGAAGACUGUCGGCGUCCACUGGCGCCAUCCCUGAGACCACCUCCACUGGCGCCAUGGCUGCAAGGCGCACUGCUCGCCAGUCCAUAGGGCAUCUGGGCAAGAAGGUAACCGAUGCGGUGCGUCGUCGCCGCAGGGCCUCCACCACCAGCCUUACCUCAAUCUUGACGAGCCCGAAAGAACGUCUGAUCUUCUGCCUGGUCGUUCUUAUCCUCUACAUAGUGCUACAUGUACUAGGAUUGCUGCUGUACCAGAGAUCGCAGGCAGAGUUGAGUGCCAGCGGCCACACUGCUCUCUAUCUGAUCUGUUCGCCUCGGUCUAUUCUGUCGGAGGUAGCCACCGCGGUCAUAGUUGCGCUGGCGUCGGUUCUGCUCAUCAUUAACCUGCUGAAUCACGGCCAGGUACGGCGAGCUCACAUCAAGUCCUCCCUGGACAUCACAUCCUCAUUCAUGUGCAUGACGUGCGUCAUCGUGUACUUCCUCGACUCUCUGGUCUUCAUCGAGACCGUGCAGACGCAGCUCUACACUCCGCUCUUUCCCGCCGUCUUUGCCUUUGCCACCGUCAUCAUCGUGCACGUGCCGAAGUUUGCCUCGCACUGGCGGCACGCUUGGCUUUCCUCGCACGACCCGCACCAGCUGGAAGUCGAGCAGGACCGGGCGGAGGUGAUGGAGACGAUGCAGGAGAUGGCGACGCCCAACACGCCGCGCCGACUGCACCGCAGCUUCAACGACCUGCAGGUGAUCGAGGACGAGGGCAGACCUACCGGCAGUCCACGACGCCGUUCCAGCUCUCACGCGGGCAAUACUGUCCCGGACAUUUCCGGCUCGCCGCGGGUUCCCGGCCGCACCAGUCCCCGAUCUGCAUUGCAGUCCGACGUCACCAUCCCAAAGAUCUCCGCCUCGCCGCGGGUUCCGGGCCGCUCGCCGAAUCGCACGCCCACUUCCAGCACAAGCUCAGCCCCACCCAAGCGCAGCGUAACCGGACAAUUCACCACCUCGGUCGGCAGCAGCACUUCAUCGGCACCAGCUGAUCUGAUGACUAAAGGCAAGGAACUGCCGAUUCCUCGCAUCCACAUUGCCAUGACUGCGAGCAACUCGACGACGACCAGCGGGUACGUAAGCAGUGAUCGAACGUCUGUGAUGACAACGACGACGGAGGAUGGAGUGGCAGCUGUUGACGAUUCUCUGCUCCAACAAACUCCAGACAUGCCACGGGAAGAGCUUGGCGACAAGUCCGAACCGUCGUCCGCGGCAACUGUAGUUCGCAGCCAAUCGACAAGCGGCGAGUAUAAAGUGUUCCGAUCCCGACGUACUCCCGUCCACGACGUCGAGGAUGGUCGCAGCGCGGAGCGGCAUGCACGGGACUCCUCUCCCGCUGCACAAUGCUUAACACCAGACAGGGGCAGUGACCAGCCGAGAGAUAGCAAUGCUGGCCGCGAAACAAAUGUAUCUCCCAUGCAUAGCCAAGCGCGAGCAAGAAGUUUCACAUCACUUAGUAACGAAGGCAGGAUUAUCAUGCACACAGCUCUGUAGCAGUGCAGUAGCCAUUUGCACGACUUGCCUAUCAAGAACUGAACUGUGAAAUUGCCUUCGCCAACCGCGUGAAGACUUACGAAAUACUCUUGACUUCCCAAGUACAACCGUGUGAGAAAAUAGAUAGUCCAAACUGUGUUCUCCAUUUUGUCAAUUCACAUAUUGUUUCUUUGUAUAUUUUAUUCCAUAUACACAUCGGCUUGAGUGCCAGCACCUACUCCAGUUGCCUUGACGACUGUAUUUUUCUUUAUUGACAGUACGUUCCACUAUAUUCACAGUAUAUGCCACUGACGUUUUUCACGUCAUUGUGUUCUCUUACCCAGAUGUUGAGGCAGAGUGCUUACUCCCUAUUUAGCAUUUCUACCCUGUGUUUUAUCUGACUGGUGGAAUACCAUGCCUAUUAUUUCCACCACUGUUCUUCAACCACAGCAGCGCAUUCAGAAUGCUGCUCUUCUAUUUCUACUUUCCCUGAGACAGUCCCUGGUACAUGAUGUUCAGUAUCGGUGCCACUGAGAGACACGUUUGAUUAUUUAGGACCCAUAUUGCUUCUCAUAAUUAUUGUAUAUUUAUCUGCACCAUCGGCUUGAGGAAAGGCUAUUGGUCUUUGAUCGGGCUUGUUUGAAGUUGUUUCCCAGUAGAAAAGAGAUCUCUGGAUAACAAUCUUGUCUCAGUUUUA